AUGGGAACUGAAGUUCAAAGAGGGAAGACGACUUACAGGGCUUUCUUGGUGAAAUUCGCAGGUGGCAAUGGAUAUCCGAUGGGUGGUGACGGCUCGGUGAGUUGGAAAUCUCCGCUGCUGUUGCUGCUCAAGCUAUCCACGGAAGAGGAGCAGAGAGUGUCUGAUGCUGAAUGGUCCUCAGAAUGCCAAGGACUUGGGUUCUACUGGGCAAGUCCUGAGGAUGGAAACCUGGCUGACAUAUGCAACGAUCAUACCAAUGGUAGCUAUGAAUACGUGGCUAUCGCCUGCCUAAAUUUCGAGGGUAACCAAAAGAGCAUCCCGCCUUACUGCACCUCCCUAGGUCCUGACAUAGAUAUCUGCAAGGGCCUAGGCAUCAAAGUAUUUCUUUCCCUUGGUGGGAGGCCUGUACUUUCCCCUGAUGAUGCUCCGAUUGUUGCAGCUUAUAUCUGUGACGAAUUUUUGAAUGAUAGUUCAGGCCCUGGUCCUCUCGGUGCUACUGUAAAUGGAACAGACUUCCAUUUCGGAAGCGGAGCAAACAAUAGUCUGGAUGUUCUCGCCCAGGCACUCCGGGAUAAUUGCAUACUUGACGACAAAAAGGUGUACUUAUCUGCAGCACCACUUUGUAAAAUUCCUGACUAUUAUCUUGACGCUGCUAUCAACACUGGCGUCUUUGACUACGUGUGGGUGCAAUUUUUCGGUGAUCCUUCAUGUGAAUUCGUUCCAGGCGAGGUCUAUCUUAUCGCGCUUGCAUGGUAUUCUCAUCUAGGCAAAUAUAAUACUACAUUAUUCCUGGGAUUAACUGGAGAUUCUGCCGCCGAGGGUUUCAUCCCAUGUCCGAAACUUCGGGUGAUUCUUUCCUGGCUGGAGAGGUUUCCCAAAUUUGGAGGGAUCAUGAUGCUUGAGGGCAAAUACUAUUGCCCUCCUUCCAGUGAAAAAAUCCGGUCUUAUGUUAACUCUGGUGUUCUGGCUUAUGGUAAAAAGUCCAUGAAUAAGUUCCAAGCCAUCUAA